GAUUUUUUUUUUUCUUUUGUGUUUUUCUUUGUUCACUUCAGUUUUGUUCAACUAUGUUCCUUAAACUAAUUACAGGCAAUCUAAUUUUCCUGAUCUGAAACCAAAAAAAUAUCAUGAUGACUGGAGGGAAUUUUCACACUAGGGACUCAACCAGAUGAGUAGUCCUCUCUUUGAGUUGUUGAGGCUCAUAAACAGAUUUAGCUAUUCUACAGCCACGUAAGUUUCAAAUUAUGACCACAUUUUGAGGUGCAAGUAUACUGGUAUAUAGACAUUUGUCUUGCUAAUCAAUGUCUUGAGCUGUCUUGGAUUGCCAGUUUAAGUGGACUGCCCUACAAAGGUGGGUUGUGAAACUAAAAAUCAUCUUUUAAUUAAGAUUUGAUUUUAUUUUGGUAGGAUUUUACUUCACUUUAGUGAUUAUGAUUCACCAAUAAAAGUUACAUAUAAGUUUAGCAAAAAGGAUAUUCUUCUUUCCUUGGUUAAGGAAUGAUCUGUAAAAAUCUAUAUUGACACAUUUGCAAUCAUGGUUGUUGAAAUUUCUUCAGGGUUACCGUGCCAAAUGCCUGAUCUGCUGUGCAAACUGAACUGUUAUUUCUUCAGUGGCUCUCUCUUGUUAGAACCUACACCAGAGUCUUCUCUAGGUUAGAGAUUAUGGUGUUUCUGCGACUUGCUACUUUGCAAACUGUUAAUGAUGAAAUCUGGAGUCUGGACUCCUUAUGACUUUGUGAACUACAACAUUUUGAGAACAUGCUUUUCCCAUUGACAAGAGCACUGCAGCUACACUAGCAUAAAUCAUGGUUGCAGUCCUUUCAAUUUUUCUUGAAAUGUAUAGAUGCUGGUGCCAUCGGUUAUGUGUACACACAUUUUGCAGUAGUGAGGAAAGCAUUGAAUUUUACUUGGAGUUAACCAACAGAUCAACUCUUCCACCAAUUCUUAGGCUUUUGUGGUUUUAUGGUAGAGUAUCUCAUUCAAUUGCCAACAAACAAGGAAGAUGGUACGGCUUUUCAAGCCUUUUUUCUUUGAAUCUAAAACAUAUUAUACCUUGUUUGAAUAAAUUCUCUAUACAACUCUGAGUUUGAUGAUGUAAUAAUGGACAUGCAAUCAACAACUAGAGUGGAGAAGAAAUUGACAAUGAGAUCCCUGUGCAAGUGAUUGCUCGUAAAAUGGUCUCAAUAGCUUCAAUGUGGUUAUGAUAGAAUUAUAACUUUGUAAGUUUUCCCCUUUAAAAGGCAUUCCAAUAUUUACAUCUUGCUUUGUAGAUGUAAUUGAUGGAAAUGAGUAAAAAGGCCAACCAUAA